UAGCGAGGCGAAGCGCCGUUGCGGGAGUGAAGCAAGCAAGCGGCAAAGCAGUCGCGUUCGAGCGCGGCAUCACUCGGGACGUCCGAUGCGAGGCGCGCGACAUGGCUCCGUGAUUCCCGCGUCUGCCCUGUUCGGGCGUUUCAAAGUGCACGGAUCCACCUCUUGCUAGAUGAGACACGAUACAGCGGCGGCAACCGCAUCGCUAUUGAAAAUGCGCCGGCAGAUGGCAACGGCAUUCCUUCAGAGACACCGCGGUUGAUUGAGCUUGUGUGCGUGUGUUGACAGUUCCAUCGCCCUCCCCGAUGGAUACCAAUCGGCGGUUCGCGUCCCAACCACCGGUGUCAUUCGCCUGAGCGAUUCGGUGCUUGACAUUUGGCCGCCUGCUACGCUGGCUGGAUUUCCGGAACGUCGUCUCGUCGUGCGAGUGUUGUCGAUUUGAGUGUGCGACUCCGGCUUUUUUUUUCCCUGUUUCGUGUGGUUUGUUCGUUGGCGACGCGUUCUCAAUUCUGAUGCGUGAGUACUGUGAUGUGUGCGUGCCGGCUGGAAGGGAUGCAGCCGACGACCGGCGCUAGUCACACUCCCAUGCUGGGUGAACUCGAGGAUUACCUGCACGAGAUCCGGGGCCGCGAUGUGGCGCCCGAAGACGACGACUCCGAGCCCGGAGACGUGUACUCUCAGCUGGCGCAGAAGGAGAAGGACCUUCUGCUGGCAGCCGAGAUCGGCAAGGAGCUGCUCGAGCGGAACUCGGACCUCAGCCGGCAGAAUGAAAGGCUCACCGAGGAGUACUCGAGGAAACUCGAGGUGCUGGAGCAGGAGAAGCACGCCCUGCGUCGCAAGCUGGAGUCCCUGUCGGGCGAGAGCGACAGCCGGCUGGCCGAGCUGCAGGCCGACCUGUCGCAGGCCAGGCAGCAGCUGGCCGACCAGCAGGAGCUGCUACGAGCGUUGGAGAAGGAGAGGGGGGCCCUGGUGCACGAGAUGACCGACCAGAACCAGAGGCUGGCGCAAGAGCUGAAGGCGGCGCGAAGGGCCGAAGACCAGGCGGCCGGACAGUACCGGAGCCUGAGGCAGCAGCUGUCCAUGCGCCGCUCUAGUUUGGACGACCACGUGGCGCAGCUCCAGGGGCUGCGAGACGAGAUCACGCUCCUGUCAGAGCGCAAGGCCGAGCUGGAGCGGCGCAUCUCUGCACUGGUGGACGAGCGCGAGAGCCUGAGUCUGUCCCUCGAGGAGUCCGGGGACCGCAUACUGCUGCUGGAGAAGCAGAGGCACGAAUACGAGACGCAGAUCCGGCAGCAGCAGCGGGACAUGGAGGAGCUGAGGAUCGCCAACGGCCACCUGCAGGACCGCGUGGACGCCCUGCAGAGGCAGCGUACCUCGUCUCCCCUGCUCAACGGCCUGCUGAACGCGGGGCAGAGGUCGCUCUUCAACGAGAUCGAGAUGUCGUCUAGUUCGUCGGCCGACGACGAGGCCGGCAGCAUGGGCCGUCGCAGCCGUCAGCCCUCGCAGCUGGGCUCUUCAUCGGCGGGCUUUCUGGGGGACUUCGACGAGAUCGAGUGCGACGACUGCGACCUGGCUACUGACGAGGACAAGCAUCUUCGGCAGGAGCUGGCGCAGGCGGUGCAGGAGCUGCAGCGGCUGGCCUCCGAGCUCCGUCGUCAGCGCGAGAGCAGCUCCACCACGAACUCGGACAGCGGUGUGCCGCCGUCGCCGCAGGAGCUCGACCCGAGCGAAGUGAGCGCCCACAUGCUCAACGCCGUGGUCACCGACCUGAGGGCGCUGCUGCACGACAUGCUCGCCGGAGGAGCGGCCGUGUGCCAGGCGUGCCAGGCGGCUGCCGAGCGCGCUCGCGAGGAGGCCGAGCUGCGGCGCGAGCUGGCCGACAAGAGCGACGAGCUGCGCCGCCGCAGCGCCGACCUGGCCGAGGCGCAGAGGCAGCUGGCGCUGCGCGACACCGAGCUGCGGGCGCUGCACGAGGAGCGGGACAGGCUUCGCGACGACGUGGGCAGCAGCCGCAUGGCCAAGGACGAGAUAGUCAAGAAGGCGUGGGACACGCGAGACCAGGCUGUCGCCAGAAAAAACAACACGGAGAUCGAGCUGGCCAAGACCCGCAUCGAGCUGAUGCACAUCAACAGCCAACUCAUGGAGGCCAUCCAGCAGAAGGUGGAACUCUCACAGCAGCUCGAGCAGUGGCAGGUGGACAUGCAGUCCCUGCUAGACGAGCGCGUCCAAAAGCAACUACGGAUUCAGGAGGCCGAGGACCGUCGGCGAAAGGCAAAGGCAGCCGCCAUGAACGGUGCCUCUGCGUCGCCGCAGCAGAAGACACCCAGCAAGGGGGGCAAGCUGUUUGGACUGUGGAAGAAACAGCAGAGUCCCCAGACACCCCAGUGAAUGCCUUCUCAGGACUAUGUGUGCGUGCACUGGUGCGCCUCUCUUCUUUGCGCUCGUCUCAUGAACUGACCACGGAAGUGCCACUACACUGCGGUCUCCACAGUGUUUCGCUGCCAUUCAAGAGGUCUUAAAACCCACCUCGGUCCCAUUUGGGGAGCGAGACUGGACAGACUCUCGAGCACACGUUUUUUCAUCUCAUCGACGUCAUUGUAGUGUUAAUGUGUGCACAGACUUUCUAUUUCUCAUCGAGCACACCGAAGCGAGGAUUAGGAUGUUUGCUGUUACUUGUCAAGUACAUUGUUGCAUGUCGCACAUUUUCGCACUCUUUAACUGAUGCAGGCCUUUUCUCAUGUUGCGCUGCUCUGCAAGCGUACUUUUGUGAUCUUGCCUUCUGUAGACUCUCUUCUAGCCGAGCGAAGAACUGUUAUCGCAGGAAAGGCUUUUCGACGUUCAGUCAAUGGGUUUUAUCCCUAACUGCACAUUAUAUUUAUGUGCGAAAGAAAUGUUUGGGCAGCAAUACAGAAAUGUACGAUUUAUGAAAAGUAAUAUAUAUGCACUAGCUGUAGUUUCAUUAUUUAGGAUUCAUAAACAAACGUGCUACACCUUGGGGUGAAAUGUUUACGAGCGAACAAUCAUGCAAUGUUUUUCCAGUGAUGCCUUACUGCAGAGGAAUGCACUCGUUGAGCAGUUUUAACUUAUUUGCAACGUCUUUUGACAGUUUUUCAAUCUGUUGUAUUGUGGCUUCUACCUCUGCUACUGAUUGCUAUUGAGCAAAGCUAUGAUGUAAUUUAAGUAUUCUUUGUUGUGAUUAUUUCACACUGCAACACUGCCACAAAGUGCAAACGAUCUUGCUCGUUGCACAAUGCACAUUGACACUAGAUUAGUUUAAUUCUGUGGUUCCUGGAGCCUGAUUGCAGAAAUAUUUACAGUGAUUUAAGUGGUACUAUCCCUACAGCAGAAAUUGAACAUGCUUAUCAAAAACGAAGGUUUGCGUAUACCAUGCAACAAUUUGAAACGUUUCUUUCAAGCACUGGUUAGUCUUGCUUUCGUGGAAGUAACGCACAGUGCAUCUUUUCUUUUUCAAGCAACAACCACGCUUUCUCGCACAUCGAAUCGUAACCUAAUAUAGAAUUAGUAGGAUAGGCGUGCGUCGUAGUUGCCAAUACAGGAUAUUUACAAAAAUGUUAUCGGAUGUUCAGGCCAUGGAUCAGCGAAAGGUUGUUCACAGGUGCCAGCACACUUGUUGCCUCUUUUUGACGGCACGUGUUGCUAGUUAUUCAGUGUACAUAUUCUUACCAAUAUUUACAACUUCUCAAGGACAUUAAUCUCUUUUCCAAGAUCUGUUUGUAAAUAUGGAGUUCUGUUCGAGGCUUUGAUAGAAAUGCUUUGCCGCGAGGAUUAGGGUGCUUUACGUUAUUCUGCAAAGGUGCACACGAAUUCAUCCUUCAGAACUCAUCACUUUAAGCUAAAAUGCAGUAAAGAUUGUGCAUGUAGUUUUUUGUUCACUGAACUCCAUAAAAAAACUGUUCCCUGGUG